CCGGGGGUAGACACGUCGCAGGACGCCGCUCGCGGGAGCUUAUCGCUGGUGCUUCCUUCAGUUUACAAAUUUCAACACCACGGACUAUAACUUCUCUACUUUUAUAAAACUGUUGUAAACUUUGAGCCUUGCAUUUUGUUCGUUCAUACUUAAUAUAACUUGCCCUACUUUUUGGUAAGUUAUAAGUGCAAAACAGAAAUUUCUACGUAUUCAACUGUGUUCUAUUGCAUUGCCGGCUGAACUCAUAAAAAGUUUCUGUUCAAGUAGCGAGUAGCUGUGGUCGGUGUACGAGACAGCAGCGAUGUACAGCGGGCGGCGCGGGCGCGGCUGCGUGCGCGCGGCGGCGGCGCGCUGGCGCUCCGUGGCGGCGCUGGCCGGGCUCGCGCUGGCGCUCUGCGUGCGUCUGCCGCGCGAACACCUGCUCGUGGCUCAUUUCCCGCAACAUACGCCUAAACAAAUUGCACAUUUUCUUGCUGAUUUUUCCAAUUAUCCAAGCUUGUACUCCCACAUCGAUUCGUGGUCCAUAGAGGAAGAGAGUGGGAACUUUACAUCUUGGCGAUACGUGGCCUCGUACAGUUGCGGCUCCCGCUGCGCCGGGCGCGCCGCGGUGAGCGCGCACGACGAGCGAGCCCCGGCCGCUCCCGGCGCUGCCCUAGCGCCCCUCGCGCACGACGAGGCGAGCGCACACCGACUUUACCUCCACGACGUCCACUGCACUCGCCUGCCGUUUAUAUUUUGGCCACAGUUUUGUGAGGAGAUCGAGGUGGAGAGCGAGAUCAGGAGCGCGGCUGGGGCGGCUGGGGCGGCAGGGGCGGCGCGCGGCAGCCGGUUGGCGGAGCGCGCACGUUCGUGGUGCGGUGCGCUGCAGCUGUUGGUGGGCCGCUGCGCCCCGCGACUCUCCCGCGAGGCGCACCUCCACGCGUUGCGACACACGCUUUGAUCUGUCUCAAAUAGAAUAAAAAAAAUACAAGUUGCAAUAAUACAUGUUAGGAAUGCAUCAACCGACAUGGCUAAUGAAUACGGUUAAGCUUAAAGGCAAAAAUGCGAAUGCCACAUGAAUGUUUGCGUUAAGGUUUUGAUACUUAAAUAUGUUAAAUGUUCAUGAAGUAAAUGUAUAAUGUGCUCACUUUGUUAAUGGUUUGAAAUGGUUUUGAAUAAAAAAUAGCACACUA